UACACUCGGAAGCUGUGCCUUUUUCUCCCAGCUGGGGGAAGCUUAUCCCACUGGUCCUCGGAACUAAUGGAAACCAGGACCCCAUGCUGAGAUGUGUCACACCCUGAGUCUUCCCUAAAUGUGUCCAGCCGGAUCUGUCUAUCACCCAUGCCCCUCCACAACCCUCCAUUCUAGGAGCUAUUGGUGCAGUGGUCCAGCUGCUGACUGCUGCUACACAUUCUUGGCGGGGGAGAGGCAUCUUAGACUCACCUCUGGACCUCUUCCCAAACACCACACAGCACCAUGCCUAGUUUGUGACAUCAUUGGGAUUUGAGCCCAAAUCUACUGUCUCCAGCUCUGCCAUGACCUGAGAUUUCCCUCUCUUCCCUUACUGUCUGGCCAGCACAGAAAGGUGAUCCAUUUCCAUGCAAACUUGGCCACUUGUGCGGUGGCAGAAAUGCAGUGGUCACAGAAGAACCAAGGACGUUAUCUCUCCCACGCCCCUGUCCUCCACCUACCUCUGCCUCCAGCCAGCCCGCUCCGCAACACCCCUCCCAUGCCCUCUCCUGCUGAUGCUCCCGCCCCUCCCCUCGCCUAAACCUUCACUAGCCUGCUUCAUUUCGGUCCCGAGCCCUGACUGUUCCCAGCCCACAGCUCUUGUCUCCCUGCCACCCUGUGCAGCCAGUCCCUAGCUCCUCUAUCCACGCAGCCCUGCAUCCUGAGCUGCUGCCGGUCUCUUACUCACAUGGCCCUGCUCGCCGCGUUGCUCCUGAGCGCCGCCCUGGGCGCCUUAAUCAGCUUUGCGCUGCUGGCAGCAGCCGUCGCCAGCGACUACUGGUACAUCCUGGAGGUGGCGGACGCUGGCGGCCCCGGCGGCGUGCAGCUCUCCUCGCAUUCCGGGCUCUGGCGCACCUGUGAAGGGCAGAACAGCUGUGUGCCCCUGAUUGACUCGUUUACCAGUGCCGGCCUGGAAGCUUCUCCCUCGAUACAGCACCUGCUCUCCCUGCAUCGGACAGUCAUGGUAGUAUUGCCUCUGAGCCUCGUCCUCAUCGUGUGUGGUUGGGUCUGCGGCUUGCUCAGCUCCCUGUCCCAGAGUGUCCCCCUGCUGCUGGCCACCGGCUGCUACUUCUUGCUAGGGGGUGCCCUGACCCUGGCAGGGCUCAGUGUCUACAUCAGCUACUCACACCUGGCAUUCGUGGAGGCCGCGCACCUGUAUGGCGUGCAGAGUGUGCAGAGCGUGCACAUCAGCUUCGGCUGGUCACUGGCCCUGGCCUGGGGCUCCUGUGCCUCAGAGGCACUCAGUGGUGCCCUCCUGCUCGCAGCCGCCCGACUCCUCAGCCUGAGCCAGCACCCAGGAAUACCCCACUCUGUGAUCCUCUGAGUCCCAGUGUGACAGGGGGGUGGGGAGAAGGAAGCCUCGGGCACCCUUGACAUUUGCUGGAGUCCUGGCUGAGGAUGGCCUGUGGGGGACUGCUCAUUUCUAUUCCAACUGAACAGGAGAAAGGGAGGUGGGUCGCCAGUACCUGAGCCAUGAGCUCUUGAUGGUACAGUCUGUUGGGGGUGCCUAAGGGUUGUGUGUGUCCAGAAAGUAGUUUUGCUCUGGUGGAUGUAGCCCACUCCAACCUAGGGAGCUGAGACAGUCCUCCUCUGUACUAGGUGAUGGUUGAGUGCUCCCCUACCUCUCCAUCCUCCACAGAGUAGGCAAUAGUUACCACUCACCCAGUGCCACAGAGUGGGAGACUGAGGCCAGAAAGCCUAAGAACAGAUGGCAGGUCUAGGUGUCACUGCUAUUUGUCAGGAACCCUGGGUUCAGCUUUGUCCCUUUCCCAAGGGGAGGUUGGUGGGGAGGAGGCUCGAGGCUGGAUGGGAGGGCACACCUUCCAGGCAAAGUGCACCUUUGGGUCUCAGUCCUUAUUCUUAGCAGGCUGCUGCCCUGCUGGCCUAGAACUUCCUCUUUGUAGCAGCAACAGGGGGAUGUCUGAGACUGGCCACAUUAGGGCUGAGUUGGACCAUGCCUGGCUAGCACCCUGGGACACCUGGAGAGAGGAGCUCCUCAGAGGGAGGCAGAAGCCUGGCCUGGAGACUGCAGAUGGAUACAGGCCAGUUCACAGGCCCAGGCCUGCAGCCUGCUUCCUGUCUGGGACAGCACAGAUGAGACCUGAAUCAGCUCUGGCCACAUAAGAGGGGACACACCUGCGUUUAUGUAUCUGGACAGUGGGCAGCUGUCAGUUAGCGGCUGUGCAGUACCCGAAAGCCCUAAACAGCCCUGAUUCUGGUGUGGACUCUUCCUGAGUUUGGGAUAUGUACAAGGGAAGGUAGUAUUCUCAAGGCUUGGUCCUAGCAAUGUCCUCAGGCCACUUUUGAAUGCUUCUAAGGGGCUGGGGAGCUUCUUGGGGGCGGAGAUUUUUGGGACCCAGUGAGGGCAAAGGACUGGAGCUGAUGGAGACCCUGCCUUCCAAUGUGUGUUCAAACCUUUGCCAGUCCAUGUAAGAGCACUUCCAAGUGUCUGAAUAAACAAGCUUCGAUGUA